GCUCUGAGGUGACGCUUCUUUUACUCAUUUUUGUUCAGAGGACUGUCGGACAGCAGCAACAGCCGCAGCAGCACGGAGAGAAGUGAGGAGAAAUACAAGUGUUCCUCCUAAAGACUAGUCCCUGACCUGGAAUAAUUUGUAACGCUUCCGUGUGCUUCGACAGGUUUGCUCCAUCGUUUUUUUGAUUACUGGAGGCAAGGAUGGCAAUGCAUAUGGGUGAGGCCGAUGGCUUGUCAAAGGUGUCGCAGUGGCAAGAUACGAUGUAUGGUCUCGACUCGGGCAUCCAGUCUGGAGCUACUACAGUGAGAGACGACGGCGAGUACUCCACCUCCAAGCACGUCACCAUGACCACCACCACCGUCAUGGCGGAACAGCCCGUGGAUUCUCACUACACCAGGGCCCAGCGUGUGCGGGCUGCGAUGUUCCCAGAGACAGUGGAGUCAGGCACCACCAUUGUGUCCACUCAGAUAGACCCAUCCCAGAUGACCAACGUCCAGCGGCUGGCAGAACCCUCCCAGAUGCUGAAGCAAGCCAUCGUCCAUCUGAUCAACUAUCAGGACGAUGCUGAACUGGCAACACGUGCUGUCCCCGAGCUCACCAAACUGCUCAAUGACGAAGACCAGGUGGUGGUCGGUAAGGCAGCCCAGAUCGUCAACCAGCUGACGCUCAAGGAAGCGUCGCGGCGUGCGAUGAUGCAGUCCCCUCAGAUGGUGGCGGCGGUGGUGCGAGCGAUGCAGAACACCAGCGACAUGGAGACGGCCCGGGCCACAGCCUCUAUCCUCCACAACCUGUCCCACCAGAGGGAGGGGCUACUCUCUAUCUUCAAGUCUGGAGGCAUCCCUGCUCUGGUCCGCAUGCUCAGCUCUCCCAUGGAGUCUGUGCUCUUCUACGCCAUCACAACACUGCACAACCUGCUGCUGCACCAGGAAGGAGCCAAGAUGGCUGUCCGUCUGGCUGACGGCCUGCAGAAAAUGGUUCCCCUUCUGAAGAAGAGCAACCCCAAGUUCCUGGCCAUCACCACGGACUGUCUGCAGCUGCUGUCUUACGGCAACCAGGAGAGCAAGCUGAUCAUCCUGUCCAACAGCGGUCCCGAGGGUCUCGUUCACAUCAUGAGAAACUACAACUAUGAGAAGCUGCUGUGGACCACGAGCCGUGUGCUCAAAGUGCUCUCUGUGUGCCCCAGCAACAAACCCGCCAUUGUAGAGGCCGGUGGGAUGCAGGCUCUGGGGAAACACCUCAAUGGCUCCAGCCAGCGUCUGCAGCAGAACUGUCUGUGGACGCUCAGGAACCUUUCUGAUGCCGCCACCAAGCAGGAGGGCAUGGAAGGCCUCCUUCAGGUGCUGGUGGGUCUGCUCAGCUCAGAAGACCUCAACAUGCUCACUUGCGCCACAGGCAUCCUGUCCAAUCUCACAUGCAACAACACCCACAACAAGACUCUGGUCACCCAGGGCAACGGCGUUGAGGCACUGAUCCACGCCAUACUGCGCGCCGGCGAAAAGGAGGAUGUGGCCGAACCUGCCGUCUGCGCCCUGCGCCACCUGACAUCACGCCACCAGCAGGCAGAGAUGGCGCAGCACGCCGUGAGGACGCACUACGGCAUCCCCGCUAUCGUCAAGCUGCUCAACCAGCCCUACUACUGGCCCGUCAUCAAGGCUGUGGUCGGCCUGAUCCGCAACCUGGCCCUGUGCCCGGAGAACCAGGCCCCUCUGAGGGACGCUGGAGCCAUCCCCCGCCUGGUCAACCUGCUGCUCAAAGCCCACCAGGACGCCCAGAAACAUGGCUCCUCCACCCAGCAGACAUACCAGGAUGGUGUGAGAAUGGAGGAGAUUGUGGAGGGAUCCACAGGAGCUCUGCACAUCCUGGCCAGAGACCCCAUCAACAGAGCGGAGACUGCCAACCUGCAGACCAUUCCUCUGUUUGUUCAGCUGCUAUACUCUCCAGUGGACAACGUGAAGCGCGUGGCGGCGGGCGUGCUGUGCGAGCUGGCCCUGGACAAACAGUCGGCCGAGCUAAUCGACAGCGAGGGAGCGUCGGCUCCGCUGAUGGACCUGCUGCACUCCAACAACGAGGGCAUCGCUACUUACGCUGCAGCUGUGCUCUUCCGCAUCUCCGAGGAUAAGAACUCAGACUACAAGAAACGAGUGUCUGUGGAGCUCACACACUCUCUGUUCAAACAUGACCCCAGUUCCUGGGAGAUGGCCCAGAACAGUAUCCCCAUGGAUGGACCGUAUCCAGAAGACAUAGAGCCUAACUUCCAAGCCUACGGACAGUAUCCAGGUGAAAUGACCUUGGAUAUGGAAGGAGGGAUGCCGGAUGAAUACUUGCCCUAUGACAGAACGGACUAUAAUUAAAGUUCCUAAGGAGACGGAAAGGUCUUGCGUAGGAGCUGACACGGUGACAUACUUGGACAAAGAAGAAGAUCUAGUCGUCCGUAGAGAUUAUUCCCUCUGCGCUCAGCCUGAUGUAAUAUAUGCAAUUAUCACCGAGUACGGGACUCAUAAUCUUAACAGGGCUCAACUUUGUUUUAUAGUAUAAUUUUGCUGAUUAUAACUCUAACGAUGCUUUUAGGUUUCUGUUAGAGAACCUUUUUAAAAAAGACUGUGUGCAUGUGAGUGCGUCUGUGAGUAUGUGUGUGUUUACGCUUUUGGGUGGGUAUACUAUGCCAAAGAGAUUUUAUUUUGUGAUGAUAAUCGUGUAGCUUCCUCCAGUUUUUUUCUUAAGAAAAAAGAAUAAUAGUUGAAAACACUGCCGGAGGUGGCUCAACGUGCACGGUGCACCUGCUCACCGUUUCUUUCUUAACGCCUUUGUAACGGACACUGCUGUCUACGCUGUAGUUUUGACAUUAUAUACACUGUCAACCUUCUCCCGCUGUGACCCAAAAAGAGUUAUUCUACACGCGCUCGCUCUUUUGUUGCGGCACUAAUUCAGUAGGAAUGAACAAAGGAGUAAAUGUGGAGGUCUGAGAGCAGUGUGUAGGCCCCCCCCGCUGGUUGUUUGUUUUUAGGAAUUGUUUCUCAUGUUUUGUAAGUUAUUCACUGGGAAAGGUUCACAUUAUCCGGCAUUACCAGAAUAUUAACAGGUGUCUUUAAAUUUAUGACGCGAUUGUAUGUGACUGUAAUCAUUAGACGGAGAACAACAAUGGAUGUGGUUUUGCAGAUGUUUUAAACUAAUUUCUAGUCAACAUGUUGUGAUGUAGACGGGGGCGGCUAUACCGCUGGAGCAAACUACUGACAGGGAACAUUUUGUCUUUCAACUUAAUAAGAGUUUUUACUGAAAUUUUGUUUAAUAAAAAUAAAGGAUAUAUUAAACAUA